CCGGCCGAUUCGGCCAGGUUUGCGACGGGUCCCUGUCUCUGUCUCUCACGAGUCACGGCGUAGAGUUCAUCCCCUUCCUAUGCAGGGGCACUCCCCUGUUCAGUAGUCGAAUCGGAAGCCGAGACCAGCAUGAAUCCGACCAGGAGCGGAUAAUAAAUCUGGGCCAGGAGCGGCAGAUCGAUCCAGUAAUGGAGGCAGCAAGGGGGGAUCCCGACGACCCCCUCAUCGCCUCCCGCCGCGGACGGAUCGGCGGGUGGUGGGAUCGUAACCAGGACUUCAUACGGAGACGCGCGGAGACGCUGAGGCGACCCGCCGCCCAGGCGGAGGCCGAGGCAGAGCGUAGCAGAGAGCCGCCGGCUUCCAAGAACUCCAUGGCGGGGCUGCUCGUGCCGGCGGCGGCGGAGGUGCGGGAUCUGGAGUGCGCGGUGUGCCUGGAGGACCUGGUGGCCGGAGGCAGGAAGCUCAGGAAGAUGGACUGCUCCCACUGCUUCCACCAGCGCUGCAUCUUCCGCUGGCUGCACGUCAGCCGGCUCUGCCCGAUGUGCCGCUUCGCGAUGCCCUCCCGGCCCGACGGCGAGCACGUCGGCGACGAGGUGGAGCGGGAGCUCGCGGCUGAGGAGGAAGACGCCGCUGACGAAGAAAAGUCUGCAGCAGCUGAAGAACGUUCGUCCGGUGAGUGAGUGAACUGAACUAAUGAUUCAUCGGAUUAGCGAUGAUGGUAAUGAUUUUAGUCUGAUUCGAAAUGCCUCUUCUUUACUGUAUACUGUAUAUGAAUAUUUGUUUACCCGCUCUUUCACAGGUAGUGUACCUCUAGCAAAGAUGUCAUUUUUCUUUA